GUUUGCCGUCGGGACCUCGCCACCAUGUACGUGAGCUACCUCCUGGACAAGGACGUGAGCAUGUAUCCCAGCUCCGUGCGCCACUCCGGCGGCCUCAACCUGGCCCCGCAGAACUUCGUGAGCCCCCCGCAGUACCCGGACUACGGCGGCUACCAUGUGGCGGCCGCGGCCGCCGCCGCCGCGAACUUGGACAGCGCGCAGUCCCCGGGGCCGUCCUGGCCGGCCGCGUACGGCGCCCCGCUCCGCGAGGACUGGAACGGCUACGCGCCGGGGGGCGCGGCGGCCGCCGCCAACGCCGUGGCUCACGGCCUCAACGGGGGCUCCCCGGCCGCCGCCAUGGGCUACAGCCCCGCCGACUACCACCCGCACCACCACCCGCACCACCACCCGCACCACCCGGCCGCCGCGCCCUCCUGCGCCUCGGGCUUGCUGCAGACGCUCAACCCCGGCCCUCCCGGGCCCGCCGCCACCGCCGCCGCCGAGCAGCUGUCCCCCGGCGGCCAGCGGCGGAACCUGUGCGAGUGGAUGCGGAAGCCCGCGCAGCCGUCGCUCGGCAGCCAAGUGAAAACCAGGACGAAAGACAAAUACCGAGUCGUGUACACGGACCACCAGCGCUUGGAGCUGGAGAAGGAGUUUCACUACAGUCGCUACAUCACCAUUCGGAGAAAGGCCGAGCUGGCAGCCACGCUGGGGCUCUCCGAGAGGCAGGUUAAAAUCUGGUUUCAGAACCGCAGAGCGAAGGAGAGGAAAAUCAACAAGAAGAAGUUGCAGCAACAGCAGCCGCCGCAGCCGCCGCCGCCCCCUGCACCGCAGCCACCCCCGCCGCAGCCAGGCCCUCUGAGAAGUGUCCCCGAGCCCCUGAGCCCCGUGUCUUCCCUGCAAGGCUCGGUGCCUGGCUCUGUCCCUGGGGUUCUGGGGCCAGCUGGGGGCGUGUUAAACCCCACCGUCACCCAGUGACCCACAGUGGCCUGCGGAAGCAGAGCAAUUCCAGGCCGAGCCAAGGGGAGCAUGGACUCUGCUAGAAUCCUCAGGAAAGACCCCUCCCCUCUCGCCCACAAAUGUUCACCAACUUCCCCAGCCCUCCGAGGAGAAACGGGGGACUGGGGUAAAGACAGGUGCGGUUGGAGGCCUCAAGGAAGACAAUUCUCCCAGAAAUUGACUUUUUCUGGUCUGACCUUCUGCCAGUAAGGAGAUGGGAACUAACUACCCGGGGGGCUUCCUUUAGUGCUGGCAGGAACUGGACCGGCUAAAACAGACACGAGCCUUUCGGCCCCCUGCCCCCCAGCUCUUUGCCUCCCAAACCUGCAGGAUGCAUCGACUGGUUGCAGCGGAGUGGGAAGAGGGGGACCGCCGGGACUUGGAGCCACGAUGGCUGCUGUCUGCUCACUGUUCUCCAAGGAUCAGCGGGCCCCGCUUGCCUCAAGGGCAGGCGAGAUUUAAACUGCAGAAGCCCGAGGCAGCUAAGAUGGAAACCUGGACCCACCAAAGAGCGCAGAACCCCCAGGUCUCUGUCUUUCUUCUCUUCCCUGCCCAGAGCAGGAAAGGCUUGGCUGGUGUUUGUGUGGUGUUUGGUGUGAGGGAGUGUUUCGGACUGCAGGCCUGACAAGGGCCCAGGACAGGGCCUUGUUUAGAAAGCCUGUCACCAGCGCUUCUCUGGGCUGAAUGUAUGGUCAGUGCUAUAAAUGCCAGAGCCAACCUGGACUUCCUGUCAUUUUCACAAUCUUGGGGCUGAUGAAAAAGGGGCGUUUUUGUUGUUGUUGCUGCUGUUUGGGUUGUUGGUCUGUGUAACUUCCAAGCCAGCAUUUUAAAAGCCUUCUGGAUCCAUGGGGGAGAGAAGUGAUAUGGUGAAGGGAAGUGGGGGGUGGGUAUUUGAACACAGUGGAAUUUUUUUUUUUUUCUAAAGAGAAAAAACAAAAACGAGA